AUGGUGGCGGAGUGGAUAUCUUGUCUUGAUAAGAGACCCAGUGAUAGAUCCGGUGAAGAACUUGAUAUUAUCUACUCUCGCUUGAAGGAUGUUAAAGCUUUUGAAACGUUUGAUCCCACGCUACUGCAACAGAUUUGUUACUACGGUUACUAUGAAGAUUUAGAAAAGGGCAUAACACUGUAUCGACAAGCAGAUACAGGUAGAAACUGGUACGCAGUCCUUAGUGGGUCCUUGGAUGUUAACGUGUCUGAUCUUUUGGAAGACAAGAAUGCUGUUACAGUCUGUACGCUAGGUGUUGGGGCGGCGUUUGGAGAAUCAGUCCUGGACAAUUCUCCCCGUCGAGCCACUGUGAUCACGUGCGAGUACACGGAACUUCUGAGAGUUGAAAGAAAUGAUUUGCUCAAGGUUUGGAAGAGUAACAGUGAACUUAUGUCCAGACUCUUCAGCUCCAGCAUAAAACCACCCUCCCCUGUUGCUUCCCCUUCAGCUACGUUACCUAGCAAUCCUUUGUCUCUUAAUAGCAAGAAUCUGAGUGAUAAGAUAACGUUUAUCGGGCAGCAGAUAAGAGCGGGUCUACUCACUAACUUUCCCGGUAUCAUCGCCGACAGACAGAUCAGCUUGAGGACCUACAGAAGAUGCUGUAUUGGCUCACAGCUAGUGGAUUGGAUAAUCCAGGAGUGUAACUUGGUACACAGCAGACAGCAGGGAGUGGGAAUGUGGCAGGUCCUCUUAGAGGAGGGAGUUCUUAAACAUGUGUGUAACGAGUACAACUUCGAGGACAAGAACCUCUUUUACCGAUUUAAAGAGGACGACUGUGGUUCGGAACAGGGCCCACCCGGGGCCAGCGUACCUUUAGCUGAUUCCGUGCUCCUACAAGAGUGUUUCACCACAUUGGCUAAGAUGGGACCUGACGCUCUCAUGAGACUCAUGCUCAGAAAACCGCCAAAAGAGCGGACAGCAGAAGACUUGGACUACAUCUACGAGGAACUGCUCCACAUAAAGGCUCUGUCACAUCUCUCCAAUUCUGUUAAACGCGAACUUGCCUCCUGCAUCCAGUUCGAGAGUCGUGAGGGAGCUGGGACCGUUUUGAUAAAACAAGGUGACGAGGGAAAGAGCUGGUAUAUCAUACUCAAAGGAUCCGUCAAUGUCACCAUAUUUGGCAAGGGUGUCGUUGGACAGCUGCACGAAGGAGAUGACUUUGGUAAACUUGCUCUCGUUAACGACGCUCCACGUGCAGCCAGCAUUAUUCUCAGGGACGAGCGGUGUCACUUCUUGAGGGUCGACAAGGAGGAUUUUAACCGGAUCUUGCGGGACGUUGAAGCAAAGACUGAGAGACUAAAAGAAAAUGGGAAAGAUGUCCUGGUGCUUGAAAAGCUGAGUCGUUCAGAUGGAUCUCAAAGCAACAAGUACACCAUAAUGGCGGGAACGCCCGAGAAGAUGGUAGAGUACAUCAUGGACAGCUGUGUGGAUUGUCGGGAUGACGACGAUCAUGACUAUUUCAUGGAGGACUUCUUCCUGACAUUCAAUGUGUUUAUGACAGUCGACAGGCUCUGUUCACUUCUCAUGUCCUAUUUCAACGAGACUGUCAAGACAGAGGACCGGUUUAACGGGGAUGAUGGAUGUUUGGAUUUGAAAGCUACCGAGCAGAAGAAAAUCAGGGUAGUGAGAACGGUAUUGAGGUGGGUGGAACUCAUCCCGCAGAAAAUGGGCGAAGAAAAUGAGCUGCUCCCGCUUAUUGGGAAGUUGAGGUCUGCCCUUCAUUCGGAUGGAAUGUUGAGUCUUCUGGCCCAAUUUGAGAGGGGCCUAGAGAACUCUGACAACUUGCUCCUUCACAAAAACACCACCAGGAAGGCGAGGAUCAGCUCCACCAGUAGACAGCGUAUCUCAAGACCCACUCUUGAUGACAGUGAAGAGAACAGGACUUUGAAGCGGGAACCACUGUGUCCCAACACUGAUGUCAAGUUUAAAGUAUACUAUCCUGACCGCAGUUACUGCACUCUGAAACUUGGACUUGGAUCGUCAGUUUCUGAAAUAGCAAAAGAAGCAUCAGAGAAACUGUCAGUUAAUCCUGAGGAUUGUGUGAUAUUUGAAAUGAAGAGUACGGGAGAAAAGGUUAUCUUUAAGGAGAGUGAUACUUGUAUUAUCACUACUAUUAGUCACAAUGGCAGACUGUUCGCAGCCCCAAAAGGAGGGAUUGAGAAGUUGAAGCCUCUACAAGAGCAGGAGGGGCCUAAUUCAAGUAGUUUUAACGACUUGGAGAUCAUGAGUUCCAGAGAGCUCGCUUUACAGAUGACGCUGUACGAUUUUGAGUUGUUCAACUGCGUUUUUGAGGGCGAGUUUGUCUUUAGUGUCUUCAAGAAGAAUCAUUUCCCUGGAAAGAUAGUCGGCAAUCUUGACUGUUUUCUUGCAAGGUUCAAUGAGGUGCAGCAUUGGGUCAUAUCUGAGAUAUGUCUCACUCCACUACUGAGUAAACGAGUUCACAUUCUUCGCAAGUUUAUCAAAAUCGCUCAGCACUGCAGAGAUUUCCAGAACAUGAUGGCGUUCUUUGGAAUAAUCAUGGGUUUGUCGAACAUAGCCAUCAGCAGACUAAGCCAAACGUGGGAGAAACUACCGAGCAAAUUUAAGAAACUGUUCAAAGAGUUCGAGACGUUGCUCGAUCCAACGAGGAAUCACAGGACUUACAGACUUGCUGUGUCAAAACAAGAAUCACCCUUUAUACCCUUCAUGCCCCUACUUAUGAAAGAUAUGACGUUUAUAUUCGAAGGAAACAAAACGAUUAUCGACGGACUGAUAAACUUUGAGAAAAUGCACAUGAUCGCAAACACGAUACGAUAUAUCAGAUGUGCGAGAAAAGAAGUGUUUUUCGGAGAUAACCUCCCACUUGUUAAGAACAGGGCCGACAUCAGACAAUACGUGCGGAAUUUACAUGUCAUCGACAAUCAGCGGACGCUAAGUCAAUUAUCGCACAGAUUAGAGAAAAGAGCUGAAUGAAGCUAAUAAACGGAACUUUUCAGAGUACAGUAUAAUUCAGAUAAGUUUGUUGAUUAUUAUGCAUUAUUAUGAAGAAUGGUUGUCCAAAUUUUUUACAUCAUUAUCACUACGUCAUAUAUUAAGAUCAUUUAAAUACUAUUAACGCGAGUUUCUUGAGUAUGUAAUUAAUUAAAUACUUAUACUGUAAUAUACAAUAUACAGUAGACGGACUGGUAUCAGAGGAAACUUGUUAAAUUAUAACUUAUAAUUAUAGUAAAUCUUUAUGAGAGUGAUGCUGUAAUAAUAAUUAAAUAUUAUGUUUACUAUAAUAUUACAGAUAUCAUGGUAGUCUCCACUGUCCAUGUACGAUUCAAUUUAUUAUAAUUAUAAACUAUUUAAUCAUUGGCUAAAUCAAUUGAGUGACUGAGUGAAAUGUAUUUGAAGGUUUUCUCGGUGGUGUCAAUUAAAUUGUGCAAUACAUUCAGAUUAUCCUUACAAGUUAUCUUAGUUUUAGGCUGAAUCAUUAUUUAAGAGUUUAUUAACAUGAUCUUAACUUUUAUCACACAUUUUUUCGUUUAACUAUUUGAAAAUGAAAUAUGAUUUGAUGACAGUUGGGGAUCGUUCACAAAUUACUAUAUUAAGAACUUGGCAGCAUAGGGAAAGUGGUUUCGAGAAGUGUAAUUUCUACACAAAAGCAAUGAGAAAAGUGGCUUCUGAAGGGAGAGGGGUGCAAAAUUUGACUAAUUCGUAAACGAUCUCUUGAGUCUUGUCAUGAAAUGAUGGUACAAGUUUGUACCGACUGCGAUUAAUAGAAUAGCUUGAAGCGUCGACCAAUCGCAUUCCUAAGUGACUUAGUAAGUCACGUUCACGCGCGAAAACAGACUUGUGCCACCUAUUUCAUUCAAUUAUGGUAUAAAUUCAUUGAUAUUGCCAUUUAUUUAUGUAUCUGAUUAAGUAACUAAA